CUGGCGGCGGCGGCGAGCGUGGUGGUCGUGGCGGGCGGGGCGGCCGUGGCAAUGCGCCUCGCCAUCCGAUUAGCGUCGACGUGCUGUCGGCGAUCCCCAUGUACCCGCGCCCAUACAGCGCGUACAGCGACCCGCCCGCGACCGGUGGCUUUCGCGUCGUUUGCUUCAACGUUCUCGCUGACUACCUUGCGGCCGAGAGUCAGCAGCACGCCCGCCCGUACGACGCCUACAAGUUUAGCUGGGCCUUUCGCCGGACGCGGCUCUUGCGCGAGAUGUUGACGUGGCAGGCCGACAUUAUCUGUCUCCAAGAAGUGGAUCAUUUCACCGACUACUUUGAGCCCGAGCUCGCACAGCACGGCUACAUUGGCCGCGCCAAGCAGCGGACGGGCGAAACGACGCUGGACGGCUGCGCCAUCUUUGUCAAAGCCUCGACGUUUGAGAUUCUCGAGACGGUUGGCAUCGAGUACAAGGUACCGGGCCACGACGUGCUCGACCGCGACAACGUGGCGCUGGCGCUCGUGUUGCGGUCCAUCGGUGACGGCGCCGUCCUGAUUGCCGCGACGACGCACAUCCUUUUCAACCCGCGCCGCGGCGACGUCAAGCUGGCGCAGUGCCAACUGCUCUUUGAGACGCUCGCGGCGCUGCAAGCGUCGCAUGCUUCGGAUCGUCUUUUGCUCUGCGGCGACUUUAACUUUACGCCAUGCAGUCCGCUCUACGCGCUGUUUUCGACCGGUGCGCUCAACUGCGACCGCCUUCAGCCGCCCGACCUUUCGUGCCAAGUCUCUCCGAGCGGCUCGUUCUUUCAUGAGCGGCGUCACGUGGAGACUGAGGACGAGGCGCGGCACCACGGUGCUGGCACGGCCGCAGGGCGCUUUGACCCGACGCGCCGUGGUCCCACGAAGCGGUCGCCGCCGUCCAAGUUCAACAAGGCCAUUGGUGGCACCGUGUCCCACCCGUUUGCCCUUGCGAGUGCGUAUGCGCAACGGCCGACGGAGCUCACGACGGGCGAGCCGCUCGUGACGACGUUCCACGAGCGCUUCUUUGGCUCGGUCGACUACAUUUGGUUUUCGGCGCCGACGCUCCAAUGCACGGGCGUCGUGGAGAUGCCGGACCACGCCGCCUUUUUCAAGCGCAUCCGCGGCCUCCCGACCCAGCACGUGUCGAGCGACCAUCUGUCGCUCGUGGCCGACUUUGCCUAG